GUGCUGUAAAUGGAAGAAAAAGGCAGAUAUCUUUAGGCUAAAUGAUGGCGGCAUGCACCUUGGUCGGGAGUCUAUGCGCAGUGAUCUCUCCCCGGGAUCCAGGUGCGAGAAAGACAGGCGGGCCACCAGUAACAGGCUGCCGGCGUGCCUGUGGCUGAGUUGUCAGAAUGGGUGACAAGCCUCUCUGGGAGCAGAUUGGAAGUGGCUUUGUUCAUCAUUACUAUCAAGUUUUUGAUGCAGACAGGAGCCAACUAGGAUCAUUAUAUAUUGAUGCAUCGUGCUUGAGUUGGGAAGGACAGCAGUUUCAAGGUAAAACUGCUAUUGUGGAUAAAAUAACAGGCCUUCCAUUUCGAAAAAUACAACACAGCAUAACUGCACAAGACCACCAGCCUACCCCAGACAGUUGCAUCCUGAGUAUGGUAGUGGGCCAACUUCAGGCUGAUGAAGACCCAGUCAUGGGAUUUCACCAGAUAUUUCUACUGAAAAAUAUCAACGACGCUUGGGUCUGCACCAAUGAUGUCUUCAGGCUAGCACUGCAUAACUAUGGCUGAGACCUCUGCCUCAAGCACUUCCCUACAUCAACUCUUUUAAUCUGCUAUUAAUCACGAUAACUAGAUUCCAAAUAUCAUACACAAGUAUGUACACAACAGUAAAAUCUGCAACCUGCAUAGUAUUGAAUCAGUUUGCUUGAAUUUAGCUAUUUGUGCAUGAUGUUUGGAAUUUGUUACUUUAGCUGACAUGGGCAAGACAGUACUCCAGUGUGUGUUGUACCAGCAUGCCUUAGAAGAUAAGUCAUCCUACACGUUUCUUCUCUUCUACCCCCCCACCCACCCCACCAACCCCUGCUAUGUACUGGUAAGUUGCUAUAGCAAUCCAAAGAAUUGAAAUAAAUAAGAACAACUACCUGUCCAACUAUGAUCUGUUCAAAACUUUUGUUGACUCAUGAUACAAUAAACCAUGUACUUUUCUUAAGAUGGAAAUUGUUUCAUUUGGUUUUCUAGCAGGUUUAAAGGUGUUUAUUUUAUGAAAAAUGUAUCUGACCGCAUAAUCCAAUUGAAGGAUAAAACUGCUUGUUGAGAUUUUGUGCUGGUGCAGAGCUUCAGUCACUAUUGAAGGAUGGUCAUAACAUAAUCAACUCAGACAUAGCUAUUUGGGCUCUGCCUUCCAUAUGAUGAUCUAACUUUGUUUGUUUUAUGGAAGGAUGUUCUUGUCUCCUGAGACUAUAAAAGAAUAAAAUGGUAAAAUAAUGACUGACUGACAUUUUGUUGCUGUGAUAUACAGUAUUCAACAUGUGUAAGUGUUGAAUUGAUUUUAAAACUACAAAUUUACUUGACAUCUGUAUUGGAACUUAAGUCAUAUUGCUUAAACUUGGAAAAUUUGGAAGGUACAGUAAAGUCAGCCAAUACUUAGAACAAUAUGUUGUAACUGGUAAAAGUGUUUUACAUUACACUUUAAUUUGAUCUUUCUCUGUGCUUCUAACCAAGUGAUUUCCAUCAGCUUGAAGAGUGAAGUAGUUUUAAAUAGGCUUUUCUGUGGCUGCUACUGACAGUGCUGCCCUGUGGCCAGUUGCCAUUUGAGUUAGAAGUGGAUAAAGAAUAUCAGUUUUUCGUCCCUGGAAAUGUUCACGAUCGUGGAUUCUAAUGCAGUGUUUCCCUAGCAGCUAAGCUUAUGACCACAAGGUUGUAAAACUUGUGCUGUCUCUUUUCAAAUACAGCUUUAUCUAUUUGAUGAUUGAAAUAAGUCCAAGUAAUCUGUCACCUAUUAAAGGAAAAUAGAGUCCAUUCAUUCAUAUUAAACUACACAACUCAAUACCAGAGCUGAAGAUUAUAAUGCAAAAAAAGUCAUGCAAUAAGCAUUUGUAAACAAAACAAAAGUUAGCAUUUAUCUUGAAUUAUGUGAAUGUUACUGGUGCAGUUGUCUCAAGAAUGUUGGAUAUUUUUAUCCUAAUAUUAGGUAAGCGUAAGCUGUGUGUAGAUUUUGGAUUUUCCUUUUCUUGAAUAAUGUUGCAUGCAGAAAAUACAGUUCCAUUAUGACCUAGACACUCUGGCAUCUCACCCAAGUUGCGUUGUCAGCAGCCCAACCUGAUACUACACCCAUCUAAAUUCUAGAAAUAGUUGAUUUUGAAAAAUAGUAAAUGAAUAGCUAUAAGGAAUGGGAUUUUUCCAUUCUGUGUCAUACCAUGAUUUGAACCUGCAAUUUUUUUAGGUCUGUAUGUUCCAACAUGAUGGUUUUUCUUCUCAUUACAAUAUUUAUAAAAGGAACCUUGACACUGGAUUCAUUUACAUUAUGGAUUAUCUGUGAACUGCAUUUGAGAGAUCACAUGCACAGGUCUGCAUUUAUGUAACUUGCGAAAUUUCAGAUCAAAAUAUGAGCUUGUGAUCUCUGAGAAUAUUUUCCUUUUAAAAGCAGGAAUGCAGAUUUGGUGAGGUCAACAAUGUCCUUCUGCGAACUUGAAGGAUUAAUUCUAAUAAUAAAUUUGAAGUAUUUUGACACCAUUCCUUUAAGUUCAGUUAUCUGGAAAUAAAGUAGCAGUUUUAAUCGAUAACUGCUAGCACAAUGAUUAGUGUUAAAUCUUGACUUAGUGGCCUAGUUACUUUAGAUAAUUAAUAUGAAAAUUGCAGAUUGUUCCCACAGUUUGAAUAUUCUUGUGCAAUUUGGUCAUGCUGGCAGACAUAACUGUGAAGUAUUAAGCCUCUUUGUUGCAGUAAGAAGUGAACAUUUGACUGCUGAACUUGCAGGCAAUGGUACAACAUAGAUUAGAAAAUGCAGAUGCAUUAACCAAAUAUAUAAUUCAAAGCAAUGUGCUGAGUUAGAAUUUUUUGAUUUGAAUCUGAUAUUACAGAAUGAAGUAUGUAGGGGACUGUCCCAAAUAUGAUUCUAAUUUUAGAUAUCCAGAAGUAUCUAGUACUUUGUGGACAAUGAUUUAAUGUCAUUUAGUUUCCAUAAGUUGUUUUGGAUUUCCCAAUUGCAUGUAAAAUUUCUAAAAUAUGAAUAAAGUAAGUUGAUUCUAAUUUGAUAGCUUCCAGUUCAUUUGUUUUAUUCCAACUGAAGAUAAUGGCUAUCAUUGUUGAAAACUCUAUUCUGUGCCUUUCCCUUGGUUGAAUCAAUUUGGGCAUAUGUUACAAUGAAUGUGUAAACUGAAAUUAGCUUGUUGAGUACUGAGGAGUGUUUGUUGGGAAGCAGAACAAAUUCGGUUAGAAUUUUGUAUCUCAAUUUUGUGGAAACUGACUUUUUUAAAAGACACAUGAAGUGUGCAAUUUUGUCAUAAUUUAUCAAGGAGCAGUUUCUUUGGCAAGAUCAUUUAGUAGCUUAGUUACAUUUUUUAACUGUUCUUAAAUGGUCAAAAACAUGGUACAUUGCACAUGUUCAUUUAAGCAUUGCAUUUAUCUUUAAGUAUUCACAGUAGUGACAUGGUUAAUUCCCUGGGUAGGAUAGUGUCUGAUGUAAAUGUCAAAGAAUAUGAGCACACUACAGGAGAUAAAAAAUUCGCCUUCAUAUAAAACCAGCAAUGAUCUCAUUACUCCAAAAAGAUUCUGAUGUAGUCCAUGUUUUUCUGAUUGGAGAUUAUUUUCCCAUUUGUAUUCAAGUGAAUGGUUGUAUUUGUUUUACAUUGAUUUGGCUGUUUCAUACCUGUCUUGUUUCAGUGAGGUGGUCAUGGCUGUUUUUAACAUGGAUCAGAACCAAAGUGACACUGGCUAGUGGGGAAGUUUUAUUUUCACCAGUUUGAAAGGAACAGUAUCAGUUUCUUGUAAGGAGGCUUUGUAUUUGACAAUUUAACUGAGAAUUUCCCCACAAUUAAGAUUGACAGACUUGAGUAACCCACUGAAGAUUUUGAGCGUGGCUGCAAUGCAGUGCAGUGCUGGGCCACCUAUUUUUUUAAUGUUGGCUGAUGCUGAUUGUUGGUUGCUUAACCAUUGGUGCUACUAUAUCAAUAUUUGUAACAUAGCCUAUGCAGUUUGAGAUGAGUUGUAAAAUCCACUUGUGAAUGCUUGUGAAUAUGAAUACACUUAGUGAGUCAAGAACUAUAAGACAUCAUUGAAAUGUGCUGAUUUCUAAUUUGGCUAUGGAGGAGUUCCAGCCAGGAGAAAGAAAACAAGAUUUUACCCAGGUUUUCACUCAACACAUUCUUUCAUGUAAUCUUAGUUUCCUUUCUGAUUUUUGUCAUUGUUGUACUUACCCUCAAAUAUUUUUGUAAAUUUAUGAAACCUCUUUAUAGCAUAGCUCUUAAUUACUUAAGGUUUUUGUCAACAUUACUGCAAUGAAGCAUAAACUGACAGUUUACGUGCAAUUAUUUAAACCAGUCCCUGAUCAAAUUAUAAUUUUGAGGAUACAUUUAUGGAAUUGUAACCACAAAUUUUCAAAACCUGCAACACAUGAAGCUUGGCAUCUAUUUACAUCAAAAGUGUAUGUUUUGGAGUUGCUUAAAAUUAUUACGAGAAUAACUGUUUGGAAAAAGACAUCAAAAGCAGAUGUAUGCAAAAGAUUGGGUAGUUGGGUGAAUUCGUUGAUAAUUGUCUUUCAUAUGGAUGUGACUCAACGCUGCCUUUAGCAGGAUUCUUGGCAACUGCAAAGCACCAUGUGCAGCUUACACCUAUUGUACUGUGAAUUUGUAUCAAAGGACUUGUGUUCAGAAAUUAUUUAAACAUGUUACUUUGUGCCAUUACUAAGGAUAUGUUGUUUUGCCUUAGAUAUUUUGCUGUUUGAGAAAAAUCAGCUGAUUUAAAUUUUUUUGAGACAACCAUUUAAUCUUUAUUAUUUUGCUGUAUGGUGUAGGUUGACAGGAGCACAACUUUGAAGUACUCAAACAGUCCAAACGUAACUAAAAAUCUUGGGCUGUCUGUUCCUGUUGUGAUUCUUUUUGUAUGCAGAAUCUAACAUCUGACGACCUGUUUUAGGAAAGUGAAAGCUCUGCUUUCAGUAAGAAUUGGUACUCAUUUAUAAUAUUGCAGUGUAAAAUCAUUGUUUUGUUGCUUUCUAAAAUAAACUUGAUCAAAUAUCU